AUGGCUCUGCACGUGGACCCACUAAAACGUGAACUAUUGGAAGCGAGGAUUCAGGGAACGACAAGCCCAAGUGUUGCGACCUCAGCGGGAAAGUCACAGGACAUUAAUUCUACUCAACUUUUAUCAGACGAUCGCUUUAAGUGUGGUACAUCUUCAGACUCUGCGCCGCACACAGCAGAUGUAGGUUAUGUGGAUGUGACGUCCUCCACGGCGGUUUCCACAUACUGUGCCGUUUCUGUAGCCGCGUCCCGUGAUGGCCUUCCCACUCAACCCCACCUGGUGUCUGCUGUCAGUUCAAGCUUUCCCAGUUCAUUCCAUGGCGAUGUUGCCCCCCUGUAUAUCAAUUCUACAUGCCUUAAACGGACCAAUGACUCACCUACAGAACACCCUGGACCUUCGUCAACGAUGUGUGACAACCUUGGACCAAAUAUUCGUAAGACAUCGGAAUUUCUUCCCCUCUCAAAUCACCCUACAGAGGUACCUACGAACAGCUUUAGUAAUCAUGCUGAAGAAAGUAGCCUCAGUAUUGGCAGUUUAAGCGGGGAUGGCAUAUCCAAUAAAGGUGCAGGUGGGUUGUUCACUUGUCCUCAGAGUUCUAGCGGACAGAUUUUGCAUUACGGUGCUAGCCGUCAGGCCUUCCUCAUUCCUUAUUCCAACAGUAGUGCACUAUCCAACCAAUCCGUUUCCUUUGAUAUUGGCUGUCAGUCCAGUCCACUUUUGCCUCCAAACGAUUAUCCCACAGUUAUUGCGUCUCCCAAAAGUACUAGAAACCCUUCAGGCACUUCAGCGGUGCCUUUGCCACACGGACCGGGCACAAAUCGUUGUGGUGAAUUGAGUUCACCAUGCGCUGCCCAAAUCACACCUUCGACGCCUCGUAGCACUGUCCGCCGAAAACGGAGAGGUCCACUUUUCGAUGAACAGGGAAUACAACAACCUAAAAGGCCUGCUUAUAGGGGUACAAAACGGAUCGAUGAGAUGUUUAAGACUCCUCAAGGAAGUUGCCUGCUACAAGGGAAUGAAGAAAUCCAUGGUGAUUAUAUCGCCAAACUGGAUGCAGUUAUUCCUGCAUCGCAACAUAUCCUCUCCCCCUCUCGUGGUGGAACUAAUAGUUGCGUGACCAGUCCAAGUGAUAGUUCGAGUGAAGCGACUCCCCAAAAUGGUCUCCCCCCUACCUCCUCUAAUGUGAUUCACUGUUGCGCCGCUGUGCAGACUGAGUUAGAAUCCAGUGUCCAAUCUACCCACUCCUUACUUCCACCCUCCACCACCACUACUACACAACAGGGUGGCACGAACACUUCACCACCCCCCUCGAGCAGUCUUGUUGAAAGUUUGCACCGGCGAAUUGCCGAGCUUGAGGUAGAAAACACUGCCCAAAGACAGGCUAUCGCACUUGCUCAGGAACAUAGCCUUAAGUCACGGCAACUCAUUCAAGAUCUGCUGAUUGAAAAGAGUCUCCUGGAGCGAAAGACCACACGCCAAAAGGUGAUGGAUAACAGAUUACGACUUGGACAAUUUGUUACUCAGCGCCAAGGUGUUCAUUUCGAGGAAAAGUGGAUCGAAGGAUAUCGAUUUAAGGAGCUUGACGCCCGCCGUAAAAAUAUCGAGUCCAUUCGCGAGGAAAUAGAACGAAAAAAGAAGCAAUGGAACAAGCGAAAACCUGGAUCUGAGAGCAGAAAGAAUAGCAAGACUCGAUGGGAGGAAGUCUCGGUCGACGAAUUUUACGAACAGAUUGAAAUUUACGAUCUCCGAAAGCAAAUGCUAGUGAAGGAGGAUAAGGAGAUUCAAAGCGAGCUGGAGCGCCUUGAUAGGGAGCGAAAUCUGCACAUUCGCGAGAUUAAGCGGAUAGCAAAUGAGGACGCCUCACGUUUUAAGGACCACCCUCUACUCAAUGAACGGUAUCUGCUCCUCAAUCUUCUCGGCAAGGGUGGAUUCUCGGAAGUCCACAAGGGGUUUGAUUUGCAAGAGAAUCGGUAUGUGGCUUGCAAGAUACACCAACUGAAUCCUGCCUGGCCCAAGGACAAAAAGGACAACUACAUCAAGCACGCACUCCGCGAAAUUGAAAUCCACAAGACCUUGAAUCACCAACGGAUUGUCAAGGUGUUUGACGUCUUCGACAUCGACCAUGAUGCUUUUUGCACCGUCCAGGAGUACUGCGAAGGCAACGACUUGGAUUUCUUCCUCAAACAGAACAAGAUAAUACCGGAGCGUGAGGCUAAAUCAAUUAUCUGUCAAGUCAUAUCAGCUCUGAAAUAUCUGAACCAAAGAAAACCACCAGUCAUCCACUACGACCUAAAGCCAGGUAACAUCCUGCUGGGGUCGGGUGAGCUCUCAGGUGAAAUCAAGAUUACCGAUUUCGGAUUGAGCAAGCUGAUGACGGAAGAUUUGUAUAACCCCGACACCGGCAUGGACUUAACUUCACAAGGCGCCGGGACUUAUUGGUACCUACCUCCCGAGUGUUUCGAAACGGGCCGAGAACCGCCCAAGAUUUCCUCAAAGGUGGACAUUUGGUCUGUUGGCAUCAUUUUCUUCCAGUGCCUCUUCGGCAAAAAGCAAAACUGUGGUCCUCGUCGCAAAUGCUCCGUGGGCUCGUUUUGCGUGAGCUUAGAAGUGCUUCAAGGCGCCUGGCGACGCACUGCUGGAAACCCGCCUCACCUCCACCGUGAGCCCUUCGGACACAACAUGUCGCAAGCAGACAUCCUCCACCAGAACACCAUCCUUCAUGCCCGAUCAAUCGUGUUUCCCUCCGUACCCAAAGUCAGUGAUGCUGCAAAGGAAUUCAUCCGCAAGUGCUGUACAUACCAAAAAGAACUUAGGCCAGACGUUUUCCAGUUGUUCAACGAUGACUAUCUUAAGCCAAAGGCCCAGCUCAAACAUAAUGUGGAUGUUGGAUCUCUUCCCGGUCCAACCGGCGUUCCCCCGUCUGCCAGUACCUCUGCCUCCCAAGCAGUUCCUGGUGCACAUCAGCAGGCGGCCGGUGCCAACCAACCCCAAAGCGGAGGAAGUGUAAGUAGUGGCUAUGUACCCAAUGCCGCUUUGGGAAUCUUUGGGACUAGCAGUCCCGCCCCCGUGGCACUUUCAGCACCCCAACAGCCCCACCACCCCUGA